UUGGUUCCCCUUUUGUUAUUACACAUUCCUUUUAACAAUACUAUUAAGAAAGAAAUAUCAUCUGAAAAAGGUGGUAUAGAUUUACAAUUUUCAACCAUUUUUACUACUGUUUCUCUGGUUUGGAGUUUCCGUGGUUUUUUGCAGGCACCCCUUUUGUGGGAUUUCUAGGGUUUUCGUCUUGGUUCUGGUGCCAUUGUUACUUCCGGCAGUUCAGAUGCAGUUCAUUUCAGAUUUAUUAGUCUUUUUGCUGUGAUGAAUUCCUAUCCCUGUGGAUGGCGAUAGAUUUUCUGUGGGUCGUUCAUUUGUUCGUCUUUCACGGAUUCAUCAUUUCUACCAGCCCUAUCUUUUUGUCCCAAAUUGGUUUUAUUUAUGCUUCAACAGACGAUUUCUCUAUCGUUGAUUCCGACUUCGAUUUGUUCGGUCAUGAUUACUCCCCUCCCUCACCUCCUCCUCCUCCGCCGCAUCCUCCAUCGGUAUCUUGUGAGGAAGAUCUCAAGGGAGUGGGUUCGCUGAAUACUUCUUGUCAGUUCGUUACCGACUUGCAGCUCGAGGAUGAUGUGUACAUAGAAGGGAAUGGCAGUUUAAAAAUCCUUCCCGGCGUAUCCUUCAGUUGCCCGGUUGCUGGAUGUUCAAUUACCAUCAACAUUAGCGGAGAUUUUACUUUGGGCGAGAAUGCGUCUAUUGUGUCGGGAACAUUUAUUUUGAAAGCAAACAACGCGAGCCUGCUUAGCGGUUCCACAAUCAAUACUACAGCUUUGGCUGGUGCUCCCCCUGCUCAGACAAGUGGCACUCCGCAGGGUAUUGAUGGGGCUGGUGGAGGGCAUGGGGGCAGAGGUGCUUGCUGCUUAACGGAUAAGUCAAAGCUUCCAGAUGAUGUGUGGGGUGGCGAUGCUUACUCUUGGUCAUCACUCACAACUCCGUGGAGUUAUGGUAGUAAGGGUGGCACGACUAGCAAAGCGGAGGACUAUGGUGGUGCUGGUGGUGGGCGGAUUAAGCUCGAGAUAAUUAAUUCUCUUGACAUCAAUGGAACUGUUUUAGCUGAUGGAGGCGAUGCCGGUCUCAAAGGUGGAGGAGGUUCUGGUGGCAGCAUCUGCAUCAAGGCUCAUAAGAUGAAUGGAAAUGGAAGGAUAAGUGCCUCUGGUGGCAAUGGCUUUGGUGGAGGUGGUGGUGGAAGAGUUUCUAUUGACAUCUACAGUAGGCAUGAUGACCCAAAGAUAUUUGUUCAUGGAGGAAGAAGCUUUGGCUGUCCAGAAAACUCUGGUGCUGCUGGGACUUUUUAUGAUGCUGUUCCUCGAAGCCUUAUUGUUAGCAAUCACAACAUGUCAACAAACACUGAUACACUUCUUUUAGAGUUUCCUAAUCAGCCCCUAUGGACAAAUGUUUAUGUCCGAAAUAAUGCUAAAGCUGCUGUUCCUCUGCUCUGGAGUCGUGUGCAGGUCCAGGGGCAACUUAGUCUAUUGUGUGGUGGAGUUUUGAGCUUUGGGCUAGCACACUAUCCUUCAUCAGAGUUUGAACUUAUGGCAGAAGAGCUUUUAAUGAGUGAUUCGGUAAUCAAGGUAUAUGGGGCUUUGCGUAUGUCCGUAAAAAUGCUAUUGAUGUGGAAUUCCAAGAUGGUCAUAGAUGGUGGUGGGGAUGCAAUGGUUGCCACGUCUUUGCUUGAAUCUAGCAAUUUGAUUGUUCUCAAGGAAUCAUCUGUCAUACACUCUAAUGCAAAUCUGGGAGUUCAUGGACAAGGUUUACUAAAUUUGUCUGGGCCCGGAAAUCAGAUUGAAGCACAACGUCUGAUUCUCUCAUUAUUUUACAGUAUCCAUGUUGGGCCUGGAUCUGUUCUUCAGGGUCCUUUGGAAAAUGCAACCUCUGAUGCUGUGACACCAAAGCUCUACUGUGAAUUCCAGGAUUGCCCAGCAGAACUGCUUCAUCCACCUGAAGAUUGCAAUGUGAACUCUUCAUUGUCCUUUACUCUUCAGAUCUGCCGAGUUGAAGAUAUUACUGUUGAAGGCCUCAUAAAAGGUUCUGUUGUUCAUUUCCACAGGGCAAGAACUGUAGUUGUUCAAUCAUCUGGUAUAAUAACCACAUCUGGAUUGGGAUGUACAGGUGGUGUAGGUAGAGGUAUGGCUUUUAGUGAUGGAGUUGGCAGUGGUGGUGGGCAUGGUGGUAAAGGUGGGGAUGGAUAUUACAAUGGAAGUUUUAUUGAUGGUGGUGUUGCAUAUGGAAAUGCUGAUUUGCCUUGUGAACUUGGUAGUGGAAGUGGAAAUGAUGACACAGGUGGUUCAACUGCUGGUGGUGGUAUCAUAGUGAUGGGUUCGUUAGAGCAUUCUUUGUCAAGUUUAUCCAUUUAUGGUUCACUUAGAGCAGAUGGAGAAAGUUUUGGGCAGAGCAUUAGAAAGCAUGGUUAUGGGAUUUUGGAUAGUUUAAAUGGAGGCCCUGGAGGUGGAUCUGGAGGAACUAUUCUUUUGUUUUUGCGUACGCUGACCCUUGGAGAGACUGCUAUUAUUUCAAGUGUUGGAGGACAUGGUAGUCACAGUGGUAGUGGUGGUGGUGGUGGUGGUAGGAUUCACUUUGAUUGGUCUGACAUUCCUACAGGUGAUGAAUAUCAACCUAUAGCAAGCGUUAAAGGAAGCAUAUACAGAAGGGGAGGAUUAGGAAGGGAUAAAGGCCAGACUGGAGAAAGUGGAACUGUUACUGGUAAAGCUUGCCCGAAAGGGCUUUAUGGGAUCUUUUGUGAGGAAUGUCCAGCUGGCACUUUCAAGAAUGUUAGUGGUUCUGAUAAAGCCCUUUGUCAUCAAUGCCCACCUUAUGAGCUUCCACAUCGUGCCAUCUACAUAAAUGUUCGAGGUGGCGUUGCUGAAACUCCAUGCCCUUACAAAUGCAUUUCUGACAGAUAUCACAUGCCUCGCUGUUACACAGCUCUUGAAGAGUUGAUAUACACCUUUGGUGGGCCAUGGUUAUUUGGCCUUCUUCUCUUGGGUCUCCUUAUCUUGUUAGCUCUGGUGCUUAGUGUUGCACGGAUGAAGUUUGUUGGUACUGAUGAAUUGCCAGGUCCAGCUCCCACUCAGCUGGGCUCUCAAAUUGAUCACUCCUUCCCUUUCCUGGAGUCACUGAAUGAGGUUCUGGAAACUAAUAGAGCUGAAGAGUCUCAAUCUCAUGUCCAUAGAAUGUAUUUUAUGGGACCCAAUACUUUUAGUGAACCGUGGCAUCUUCCUCACUCUCCUCCAGAACAAGUAAUGGAGAUUGUAUACGAGGAUGCAUUCAACAGAUUUGUUGAUGAUAUUAAUGCCUUGGCUGCUUACCAGUGGUGGGAAGGAGCUGUCUAUAGCAUUUUAUCUCUUCUUGUAUAUCCUCUUGCAUGGUCAUGGCAGCAAUGGCGUCGUAAAAAGAAACUACAACGGUUGCGUGAAUUUGUCCGAUCAGAAUAUGACCAUGCUUGUUUACGUUCUUGCCGUUCACGUGCUCUCUAUGAAGGGCUUAAGGUUGCUGCAACUUCUGAUUUAAUGCUUGCAUACGUGGACUUUUUUCUUGGUGGAGAUGAAAAGAGAACUGAUCUUCCUCCUCGUCUUCAUCAAAGAUUUCCAAUGUCCAUUGUUUUUGGGGGUGAUGGAAGUUACAUGGCUCCUUUCUCACUUCAAAGUGAUAACGUUCUGACUAGUCUUAUGAGUCAAGCUGUCCCACCUACAAUUUGGUAUCGGUUGGUGGCUGGUUUAAAUGCUCAUCUGCGCUUAGUUCGCCGUGGACGCCUGAGGACAACAUUUUUACCUGUCCUCAGCUGGCUUGAAACACAUGCAAAUCCUGCUUUGAGCAUCCAUGGUAUUCGGAUUGACCUUGCAUGGUUUCAGGCUACAACUUGUGGUUAUUUCCAGUUUGGACUUGUGGUAUAUGCUGUUGAAGAAGAACCUGAGAUGGUGCCUGCUGAACUUGUAGAUGGAGCAGUGAGAACUCAGCAACAAUCAUGUGCACAUGGUGUUCAUGGAGACUGUCUGCCAAGACGUAUGAGAAGCAAUGAAAAUAUUAUGAUACACAAAAGGUUAUGUGGAGGGAUUUUGAGUACUUGUAGCAUUAGAAUGCUUGAAGAGAAGAAAGAUAUUUUUUACCCCUUCUCUUUUAUAGUGCAUAAUACAAAACCUGUUGGCCACCAGGACCUUGUUGGUUUGAUCAUAUCAAUACUUCUUUUAGGAGAUUUUAGCUUAGUGUUGCUUACUCUGCUCCAAUUGUACUCUAUUUCACUGGUGGACUUCCUUUUAGUGUUGUUUGUUCUUCCUCUUGGGAUUCUAUUUCCAUUUCCUGCUGGUAUCAAUGCUUUAUUCAGUCAUGGUCCUAGGCGGUCAGCAGGUCUUGCACGUGUAUAUGCUUUGUGGAAUAUUACAUCCUUGAUUAAUGUUGUGGUUGCCUUCAUUUGUGGAUUUGUCCAUUAUAAGACCCAAUCGUCGUCAAGUAGAAGACAUCCAAACUUUCAGCCCUGGAAUUUUAGCAUGGAUGAAAGUGGAUGGUGGAUGCUUCCUACUGGACUGGUGCUGUGUAAAUGUGUCCAGGCACGACUCAUCGAUUGGCAUGUCGCUAAUCUAGAGAUACAUGACCGUUCGUUGUAUAGUAACAACCCGGACCUGUUUUGGCAGUCAUGAUGAUGAUACUAAUUAACCAGGUAUCGUUUCAUGCAAGGUUUUUUUUUUAUUAUUAUUAUUUUGUUGCAUUUUUCCCCUUUACUUCCUUUUUUUUUAUAUUCUGAGAAAGUAGGUGAAUGGCACAUAGAGGAAAAGAGAGAAAUAGAGAGUGAAAGGCAUUCAUUUAUGUAAUACCUUGUGAUUAUGUGCAGUAAUAGUUCUCUUCUAUGUAAAUAUAAACUGGGUUCUGCCCAUUCUUUGUCGUAGUCCUUUUUCUGUUGGCAAUCUUAUUUCGAGUCCCCUUUUGUUCUUGCA